UCCAUUUUUGUCUUUAGAUGAUGAAUGGGGAGGUAAAUGCUGUCCCUCUGGAAGUGGCUCUUACAUUAAAGGCAACAGGAGGACCAGAGUCGACAGGCAGCUCUGCCAUUAUAUCCCUGCUGGACUGGUAUGAUCUGGACCAGGAGCUGAUCCUGGUUCUGGAGAGACCAGUCCCCUGUGUGGACCUCAGUCAGUAUGUCAAGGAAAACGGAGGCUCGCUGCAGGAGCACGAGGCUAAGAUCAUAAUGCGGCAGCUGGUUGAAGCCGCCAUGGAGCUUCACUCGAAACACGUCUUUCACCGGGACAUCAAACUGGAAAAUAUCCUCGUAGAGACAGGAUCUGAUGUCCCGCGUGUUCGUGUAACGGACUUCAGCUGCAGCUGCUUCAUAAGGAGAGGACAUUAUCACCUCUUCUCAGGGACUCUCGAGUGUGUCCCUCCAGAGUGGUACAUGCAUAAGCGCUAUAGGGCCCGUCCCACCACAGUGUGGCAGCUGGGAGUGGUGCUGUAUGGGAUGCUGGACGGACACACAUCAUUUGAUACCCUGAAGUUCCUCCACAGCAAACUGUCCAUCAACAGUGAGCUGUCCCAACACUGUCAGGAGUUGUUGCGAAUGUGUCUGUCCAAAGUCCCAAAGCAGCGUCCCACCCUGGAGCAGCUACAGCACCACCCAUGGCUCAAAUAAUGCAGCCUUGCAUCUCAAUAGUGACUGAGCCUUCUCUCCACAGAGGUCAGCUACGUGGGAUGCAUGGACAAUAAUAGAGUAAAAAAAAAAAAAA